AUGAAGUCAUUCUAUAUUUCUAGUUUAGUUAAUCCCCUUUAGCAUUUCUUGUAGGGCUGGCUUAAUGUUAAUGAAUUCCUUUAACUGUUGUUUAUUUGAAAAACUCUUCAGUGCUCCUUUAAACCUGAUCAACAGUGAUGACUCCACUUUUUUUUUUUAUUUUAGCAACCCAACAUCCAAAAUGAACUGCAGCAGGACCCCUGAUUUUGUCUUCUCAGCAUUGUCAAGUGACCCAGAGAAGUCACACUUUCUUUUUGGUCUUUUCCUUGCCCUCUAUGUACUGAGCCUCCUAGGAAACUUGCUACUUCUGCUGGCGAUUAGUGCUGACGUACACCUCCACACGCCCAUGUACUUCUUUCUCAGCCAGCUCUCCCUGGUAGAUCUGUGUUUCACUACCACUACAACACCUAAAAUGCUAGAGAACUUGUGGACCAGCAACAGAUCCAUUUCUUUUUCAGGAUGUCUCGCCCAAUUAUAUUUCUUUGCUGUCUUUGCUGAUAUGGACAAUCUGCUUUUGACGGUCAUGGCUAUUGAUCGAUAUGCUGCUGUCUGCCAUCCUCUGCACUAUCCACUGCUAAUGACUCCUUGCAGAUGUGGACUGCUAGUGGGCUGUUCCUGGUGUGUAGCACAUUCUGUCUCUCUGGUCCAUACUAUAUUGCUAUCCCGGCUAUAUUUCUACACAAACCAUGAGAUUCCCCACUUUUUCUGUGAUUUUGCUCCACUAUUUCAACUUUCUUGUUCUGAUACUCACCUCAAUGAAGAAUUGAUGAUGGCUCUCGCUGGAUUUUUAGGAAUCAGCCCUCUCCUCUGCAUCAUAAGUUCUUAUGCCCAUAUAUUCCAUGCUGUAGCUAAGGUUCCAUCAACAAAGGGGAAAAAGAAAACCCUGGCCACCUGCAGUUCCCACCUGUCCAUGGUCAUCCUAUUCUAUACUACAGUUUUUGCCACCUACCUGAAGCCCCCUUCAAAUUCCCAUACUGUAGGGGAGUUGUUUGCUGCUGUCAUGUAUACCUUAGUAACACCUACACUAAACCCUUUCAUUUAUAGUCUGAGAAAUAAGGAUGUAAAGAGUUCUUUGAAAAGGGCUCUGCACAUAAAAAAAACAGGGCAUUAA